GAUGGGACUACUACGAAAUAUCCAGUCUUUGAAGUUGGUACUACGAAAUAGUACUCGAAACUUCUCGAUACUACCUCAAUUCAAAGUCCGAUUUCCUAAUCAAACCACCUAUAACCCGUUAGUAAGCCAUUCUAAUCUAAUACUGCGAGGAAUUCAGAUACAGCGAUGUUACAAUACUACCAUUCUUAAGGAAGCAAACGCAAAUUCAAUGCCCAUAACUGACUAUUUGAAUCAUGAGUAUAGUAAAAUUAGAGGUUUACUUUCAGAUAAUCAACAAAGAACCAAAUAUUUGACACAUCUCAGAGCUGCAAGCUCUUUUACACCCGAAGAAAUACAGGAAAUACUACAAGAUUAUCAAAGACUAGUUGAUGUGUUGCAUCAUGAAUGCGGCUGGGAUUUCUUUCGAGAAUUUUGGCACGCUAUUUUCUAUAAUGGAACAAAGUCAGAUCCGUCAAUAUCAGAAUUACGAAUAACUAUACUUGAGUCACGACUGGCGCUAUGCAAAUUGCUUCUCAGAAAAGCUGAUUAUAAAACGUAUUGGGAAUGCAUAGAGCCAUUGGUGGAACAAUAUUCGAGUCCUACUUUACUAGACAGUUGUAUACAAUUACUCCAACUACAAGCAGAUUCGAAUGGAAAAAUCCAAAUCAAUCGAGAAGAAAUAGAACAGUUUCUCGAAGAUGAAGAGAAUAGCUUAGAAUUGAAAAAGGAUUACCUAAUAAUAUUGGCAUCAACAGUAUUGAAAUUUGUUGCCGAAGACAUGGAACAAAAAUUGAAAUAUAUUGAUACAUUCUUUGAAUUAAGAAAUAUGUUUGAGAAUAACGAUUGGAUUUUUGAUCCCAGCAUUGAUCAAACUUAUGACAAGGUACUUCGAAUUAUUGGUAAACCACCUUCUCAAGUUGAAUUCUCGACGUAUGCUACAAAAUUGUUGGAAGUGAUUAAAGGGAGAUAUCUUGAUGAUAUGGAAUCCAUUACUAUCAUAACAAGAAUAAUGGGAGCAAUGUCAGAGCUGGAUCCAAUUAUUUGUAUGAAAUAUUUCAAAUUCAAGUUAUGUUUAAUUGACGAGCAAAACUUGCCAUCAAACACUAUACUCUCUUCCGAUGAUUUAUUAUAUGCCAUGAUUGCCAAUAUACACGAACCAAGACGAUCUUAUGAAUUAUAUAUAAGAUUCCCUGAAUUACAAUCCCCUGACCAUGUGACUAUAUUAUUAAGAAUCAGUUUAGCAUCGAACAAUUGGUUUUCAUUGCAAGAAAGAUUUGCAAAAUAUUAUGGUCGACAAUUUGUCGUAUUCCCUACCGAAGCUGAUAAAAUUUCCCCUGCAAAGUAUGGGGCUGGAGAACUUUCCAAUGAAAAUAUGGAUCACAGUUCUAAUGUGGGAAUAACCAUGAAGGGGUAUUCCAACCUGUGGCUCCCAGGUGGAUACAGAAGAAUUCGGAAGAUGGAGAGAUACUCUGCAGCAAAUCGUAUUACCAGGACCUCCUUGAUGUGCUCGGCUAUAAUCUGGGGUUUAAUCAAACGAGGUAGUAAUUCUAGGGCAUUAAGAACAUAUGAUAGAUACAUUAAGCUGGUAUCAUUUGGUAAAUCUGAUCCGAGUGGAAGUGAGAAAUUGUUAUCAAUGUUCUUGCCUUUGUUUAUGCAACCAUCAGAUAUACAAAAUCUCGUCACUAUUCUAGCACAUUAUCUUCGUUUUGAACAACGGUAUAAUCUAUAUUUGGUUCAACCUAAGGAUAUUAAGUCAUGUCUUGAGUUUGUUUCCAAGAAUUUUUCAUUGUCUAGUGUGAAAAAGAUACAUGAGUUGGUUCAACAAUAUAAUAAAUUUCUGCCUGAAGCUUAUUCGGGGUUAAUUGAGGCUUAUACUUACCUUGGACAAUAUGAAGUUGCAGAUAAAACGGUAUAUCAGGCUCAUAAAAUAUCUAGAAUUCCAUUAUCAGAUCCAGGAAUUUUUGUGAGUCAGCUCAGAAACCAUCAGGCUUGGCUUAAAAGGACCAACGAUGAAUCAAUAGUAGCAUAUAACAAGAAAAUGAUAGCAUUGUUACUAGACCUUCUCAUACAACCUUCAAUAAUUGAAAAGUUGGACGAUUAUCGAGAUUUUAUUCCGCACUUAAUUAAAUUGAACCUUGAAUAUGGGAAUGAAGAGUUAGCCACAACAAUAUUUGAGAGUGCUAGAAAGAGAUUCAUAUUAACCGAAGAUGAUUAUUACCCAUUAUUGGAAUAUUACGUGGAUCAAAAUCGUGACUGUGAAAAAUUUGAAGAGCUUCUUAUUAUGAUGAGAGAAGAGAAUAUAACACAAACAGCUAGAACAUAUUCUCUUGCAGUUCGGGCAUCAAGAAUUACAGGGUAUCCUGAUGUAAAAGUGAUACGAAUGCUUUCUGUUUAUGGAGUUACAGAUCUGGGACUACCUUAUGCGGUAUUGAAUUUUAAACGUGAUGCAUAUCACAUUUGUCAAGCGGUGAUAGAUUUCUUAGCAUAUCGUAAAAUUCGCGAUAUCACAGUGUUAAACAUGGUGGUAACCAAGAUGAAGCGGGAAUUCAAUGGAACUAUUCCAUUUGAGAUAAGAUCAAUUAUUCAUGAGUUUAUGAAGUAUCAUUUCAAAAGACAACCAGAUAAAUUAAAUCAAUUGAAUGAAAUUAUGUAUAAGGAUUAUCGGACUUUGACCUAUCGAUUCAUAUCAGAAUAUCCUUUUGAAGGAAAGCGCAUCAUGGUCCCAACUUUGCAAGAGCAAUUUGGAAAUAUUUUGGUUUCAGAAUUAAGAACUCUGAUGAAAAAGAGAGAAGAAAUGAUUGGCAAAGAUAAUCCUGAGAAAGCAUCUAAAGGAAUUGUUGGUCCUGAUCGUGCGCGAAACGUUGAAUAUGCUAUUGAAUCAGCAAUCUCUGAACAGGUAAUUGGCGGUUCCACGAAUUUAAAUUUAAUAAUUUUAAAACUUCUUGAAGCUCCAAACUUUGAAUAUUUAACGAAUGCCCUUGACAUUUGCGAGAAACACAUGAUUAAAGGAUCUUGGAGGUUCAUCAAAGAAUAUGAAGCAAAAAAAUUGUGCUUCAAGAUGUGUAUAUGCCAUCUUGGCGACGAAUACUCUGCUGAAGAAAUUGAGUCUAAGUUUAAAAUGUUCUUAGAUUUUUACGAAAUUGAAUCUAUUGCCCAAGCCAGACAAGAUCUUGAUACUCUUGAUCCUAAACCAAAGAAUUUUAAUAAUUUUAUGAGAAGUAGUUCAGGGAGAUUAUUUGAUUUGGAUGAUGCUCCAGUAUACCCAUAUGCCACAAUGAAUUCAUCCCAAUUUGUUGAGUAUUUUCACCCAGAACAAUUUUAUAAAUCUUUCGAAACUUGGAUUAAUCCACACACCACCCGUCGCUUAUAUGAAGAAGUAACCCGUUAUUGCAAUACAAACGCACAUAUGUGGGAUAAUUUUCGAGAGAGAUUCCCGGAUACGGUGAACUACAUCAUUAAGUAUAACUCUUUAGGGACCAGAUUGUCAGAUUUCAGAGGAAAUUUCAAAAACAUUACCGGUCUUCACUAUGGUGGCACUCUUGAUAAGCGGAUUUAUACAACUAUUAAGGAAUUUAAGAGGUUGUUUGAAGGUAGGCAAUUUACAAUUGGUGUUGAUACGCCCCCUGUUCCCAAGUCCAAUAUUGAGAAAGAUCAGCGUAUGAAGUUAAAAGAAUUCAAGGAAGAGUUCAAUAAAAUCAACAAAAGGCUUAAUAGCAUAGGACAAGAUUAUUCACAAGUUAAAACCUUUUCCGAUCUUAACCUAUUGAGAUUUCGAAGUAGGCUCGGCCGAUUGAUUAGACAAGUGGAUCGACUAGAACAUCGAAUCUUUAAGCUGUUGGGAUUGAAGCAACAAGGUCCAUACCAUAAAAUUGAUCGGAGUGUCAAAUUUUAUUCACGUUUAUAUCCAAGUACUCAGAGAUCACGGGCCAUAGAGAUGACAAGAGCUCGGGCGACCACUAGGAAGAAAGGAUAUUACCGAAAUCACCAUAGCGUAGAUAUAAAGAAACCAACUAAACCUGACUCGGACGAAACUCAAUAAUCCAAGACGGUCAAGAAUACACUGCAUAUCCAAAAUAUAUAUAUAGAGAGAGACUGAAACAGUCCCACAAGUUGGGCCUGUUUUCUUUUUUUGAGGUCAAUGGUAAACUGUACAUAUGGCUAGAACCUCAUUUGCAUUUAUUUACUUGUAUAUAUAAUUAUUUAUUAGCAAAUAGUACAAACCAAAAAAUAAAACAACAACAACUUAUGAACAUGACAAACUCACUCAUUACGCAAAAACUGAAAAUUUCCUGUUGUUUCAGUCAGUCCAUAAAUCAAGGGUCCAACAUGAGGUUGAAUAUUCCACUCUAAUCUAACAGUAGCAUUUCUUCCUCUAAACGACUUUUCAACAUCCCAUACAGAAUAUUUACUUCUUUGGUUAACAUAAUGAAGUUUGGCUUCGUCCUUAGAUUUAAUUAUCUUAUCCCAAUAAGUCACCUUGUUGGAAGAGCCUUCACUCUUACCAGGGUAUUCGGCAGUUAAAUAUACAAAUACUUGUUUAGUAUUCCAAUUAAACAAUGGGGUCAAAUCGGCAUCUAAAUCAAAUUGAAUCUUGGAAUUCUCUUUUGGCUUACGAUUGACUGAUCCGUAUUGCGAGGACCGCUUAAUUGAAGAUGUUGGUUGAAUAUUGGUGAUUGAAGUUGUGGAAAUGCCCCAUACAUUAUCUUGAGCUAAUUGAAGAAGUGUUAGUAAUAUAACAAAUCCUGUGACAACCAUUGACGCGGUCAAUGCCUGAUUUCCCGCUGUCUGCACUCGUGUAACCAAAUUGAACAUUGUUUCUAUGAAAGGUUUGAUUCGUAUAAGUAGCAAC